UCCUAGUUUUCCGCAGAAACGAUUAAACUGGGGGCGAAAAUAAAAAUAAAUUUUUUUUAAAAAAACCAAUUAUAAUACUCGAUUCCUGUUAGGAAUCGCGGACCAUCGACUGUAUUAUGUUUUCCAAACAUCGCUCCUCGUCAAUUUCUCCUUCAAAUACAUCUGACUUCCCAAAACCCCUGCAUCGGACGGGCGAUCCCAAGCCGGCGGACGACGCUCAAACCUCCUCUCCGCUUCGCUCGCGCUGUCUCUCCGCCUCCAAUUAGCGAUUUCCAGCUGCCCCAACCAAGCCGCGAUGUCGGAACGCCCCAGUGUUAGCUGUGGCGAAGUUUCAACAGAUUCUUCUGAAGGGAAGACACAUAAAUUAGAUUCAGACAAAUCUGCACUUUGUCAAAAGUUGCCAGAAAUCGAAAAACGAAAAGAGGUCAAGGAAGAGACGGAGGAGGAGGAGGAGAGGAGAGUUUAUGAAUAUACUUCCGGUGAAGAUGAUGAUUACGUCUGGCCAGACGGUAAGCGCAGGAGGACCCGAGAAGAGUGGGCUUUAUACUACAAACAAAUUAAGGAGAGCGAGGGAUUUGAUGUUGAUCCAUCUCCGGACACGUUUGAAUUUGGUCUUACGGCGCUAACAAAUUUCGAAGAUGAAAGUCUCAUCAAAUGUGCAAAACGAGCAAUCGAGCACUUUAAUGAGGAAAAUAAUACCAGCCAUGAGUUUGUGAAGAUCGAGAAGACAACUUGUAUCGUUGCAGCAGGAUGUUCCUAUAAUAUCACUUUUCUAGCCAAGGAUUAUAAGGUUGAUGUUGAAGCUAGAGCUCAAACUUUUCAAGCUAAAGUCUGGCAUGGACUAUGCGGUGAAAUUAGUGUUUCCUUUUGCCGGCUUAAACCGGUUCCAAGUUAGUUAGAAGUUAUAUUUUGAUUUAUUUAUUACUAUUUUGAUUUAGAAGUGGGUGUAUUUGGUUCUUGUCUAGGUACAUAAUAUUUCGUCGAUACUGAUAGAAAAUUGUUAAACUACUUUUUUUUUUAGCUAGUUUGCUGAUUUGAAUGCUGUUUUUGUC